AUCCCCUAUUUAGAUGGUCUUGACACAACAAAGCUAGUAGUUGGACGGCUUGUCCGCCGAGGUGUUGACUUUUUUACCAGGACUGAAUCGGCCGCCCGGCGGCAAUCCUCACCAUGGCGCACCCAGGAGAGGAGGAUGAUACACCUAUGCUAGGGCGGGCUGUUACAUUUCAACGCAAUCCCACACCAGCCAAACCGGUCUAUGACUCUGCCACCUCCUUCCUUGCCAAAGUUCUGGGCUCCAAGACCGCGGCGACAGGUCGCGUGUCAGAGUCGCUUGACUAUGAGCCAAUCCAGAACAAGUUGUUUUAUGACCGCAUGAAGAGUCGGAAAGAGGGCAAGAAGAAGCUCUAUGGAUAUACGGGCCAUACCUUAGCGAAGAUGCUCGUGACAGUCCUUACGGGCAUUAUUACGGGGUUGUUUGCCGUGGCCUUGACCAAGACUGUCGGCGCCAUCACCGAGUGGAAGCUUGACGUUCUGGCGAAAACGUACGAGAAGGACGCGCCCGCCAGGACCUUCGUCUCCUUCCUCCUGUUCUGGCUCAUCGGCAGCUGCCUUGUGACACUGGCGACCGCUAUUGUCCAGUAUUGGGCCCCCGCCUCUGCCGGUGGUGGUGUCACGCUGGUGAUGGCGUACUUGAACGGCAACCACGUGCCCAACCUGCUCCGCUUCAGCACACUUAUCAGCAAGUUCGUGGGCACUGUGUGCGCUGUCAGCUCCGGUUUGCCGAUGGGUCCUGAGGGUCCGAUGGUGCACAUCGGCGCCUGCGUGGCCUCGGUCAUCACCUACAUGGAAUGCAAGUGCCUGGACGGCGGUAUCUUCAACAUCUUUACCAACUGCUUUGGGCGGAGGAAGGAGUUCAACAUCAAGGAGAAGCUCAAAAUCCUUGACGAGAUUGUCAGCGACUCCGACCACCGCGAGUUCGUCUCCGCCGGUGUGUCUGCCGGUAUCUCGGCAGCUUUCGGCGCGCCAGUCGGUGGUGUGCUGUUCUCCAUGGAGGAGGCGUGCAGCUUCUGGUCGCGCAAGACGGCUUGGCGCUGCUUCAUCGCUGCUACCCUGUCGACCUUCACCAUCCAACUGCUCAACCGCAGCGCACAGCACGGCAUGAUUGCCUUCUCCAACCUCAACCCCAUGGAGAACAAGGACUGGCUUCUGCAGCUGCCCUUCCUGAUUGUCAACGCCGGCAUGGCUGGUCUGCUGGGAGCUGCCUUCAACAGCCUGCGCAUGUGGCUCUGGAAGGUCCGGGCCGUGAAGUCCCGCCAUCUGCUGCGCAUCCUGGAGGUGAUCGGUCUUGUCUUCCUGACCUCCCUGGUGGGACACUUCUUCGGCUGGGCUGCCGGCCAGUGCAAGCCCUUCCCCGACGACUGGUUGAACGAGGGCUACGGCAUUAGGUUCAACUGCGAGGAGGGCCACUACAACGACAUCGCGACGCUCUUCCUUUCGUCGCAGCACCACACCAUUAUCAAGCUCUUCUCCGUGGGUCACGAUGACGAGAUCUCUGACGUCACCAAGUUCGUGCCGGCCUUCAGCGUGGGCGGUCUGGCGCUCUUCACCACCAUCUACCUGGGCCUGUUCUCCAUCGGCGCUGGCCUGGCCAUCCCCGGUGGUCUGUUCAUGCCCUCUAUCCUGCUGGGUGCCUCGUGGGGCUGCUUCUGGGGCAUCGUCCUGCGCCUGUGGCUACCCAAGUGGAACAUCAUGCCCGGCCUGUACGCCAUCCUGGGCGGCACCAGUAUGCUGGCGGGCGUCUUCCGCUCCGCCAUCUCGCUGGUGGUGCUGGUGGUGGAGGGAACGCGCGGCAUCGACUACCUGUUCGGUGUGAUUCUGUCGGUCAUGAUGUCCAACUGGGUCGCGCACCACAUCCACCAUGACGGUGUGUACGAGUCAGAGCUGGAGCGCAUUGGUAACGUGUACAUGCUGCGCGACGAGCCGCCGCACCGCCUGUUCACCCUCACCGCGGAGGCCAUCAUGGCGACCGGCGUGUAUGGCUUCAGGACCAUCGAGCCGCUGUCCCGCAUCCUGCAAGUGAUGCGCACCACCACCCACAACGGCUUCCCGGUGUUUGCGGACGAGGACUCGGAGGAGGGCGGUGUGUCGGAGGCGCCCAGCUCCCAGGCACUCGUCAACUUCGGGACCAGCAGCAGCAACGCAGACGUCAACGGCGCCGCCAGCAAGGUGGACCCCCUCAGCGGUCGCCUGGAGGGCCUUAUCCUGCGCUCGCAGCUGCUGGUGCUGCUGCAGCGGCGGCACUUCUGCGACGCCUCGGGCCGCCCCAUCGGCCGCGACUACAGCGAGCAGCAGGAGCUGGAGCUGGAGACCGAGAUGCGCACCUUCUUCCGGCACUAUUUCACGCACGCGCGCUACGUCAGCGCCACCGCGCAGCCGCUGGACGAGCUCAAGCUGGACGGCGUGCACGCCGGCUCCACCACGCUGGACCUCAGCAGCCUCUACAUCGACCUGCGGCCCUACAUGAACAGGUCUCCGCUCACCAUCCGCAAGGACUGCUCGGCCGCUCGGGCGCACCAGGUGUUCAUCAACCUGGGUCUGCGACACUUGCUGGUGGUGGAUGCGCACAACCACGUGGUGGGCAUGAUCACGCGCAAGGAUCUGGACCACGCAGCGGGUCACGGCUGGUGGCGCAUCAGCCACAUGGCGGAGCCGCCGCGCAACAAGCUGCUACGCCACCUGCGCGGCAUCCCCUCGGUCGGCUUCCUGGCACGGCUCAUAGGCGGUGGCAGCGCGGCCGCCGCCGCCAGCACGGCGGCCAGCGAGGGCGGCGCGGCGGCUGGCGACGCACACGGUGCCAACGGCCACCAGGGGCCGGAUGCGGAGCAGGGUCUGGGCCACGGACACGGUCAGCGGUAAGCUCGAUGUCGCGCGCUUGCUGCUCUUGACGCGCGCCACCGGGUGUCAAGACAACUCGAAUGGGGAUGUACCGGAACUUGAGCGCUGCGACCGGAUAACUCGGAUGCGGGGGCCGCGUAGCGUCACUCGGUGAUAUUAUGUUUUGCUGUGUGGAUACUACGGUAUGCUUGGCUUGGCUGGCCACACAGUCGCCGGCGUGGGCCGAUGGCUGGGAUCUGAAGAGUUGAUGCAGGGCUCCCUACCUUACUAGCUGUGCCUUGGGAGUAGGGUGAACUACACUGGCUUGGCACGACAGGGGUCUUUGCUGCUGGGUGCGUGCAUGUCAGGGCGAGCAUAGUGUUGUCAAUGAGUGAUUGCGAUUCGAGGUGGCUGGUAGUUUGGAGGGGACAGGGGUGCUGUUGGAAGAAGGGUUUGGACGCGGCGCUUAUGUGGAAGAGGGGUUUGUGGUACGUGAUCUGUGCGGGUAUACCCGUCCUGGCUUAACAAGUAUAAAGGACCGGCUGAAAACCUUUUUGUGAAAACUGUUAAUAGAAGAGUGUUACUGGAUGAGGGGAGCAGCUGUGAGCUGACUGAUGGGUCACAGGUUCUGAGGGAGACGAGAUAAAGUGGGAUGUUCGGUGCCCGCGUGCCUGUUUGCAAACGCAUUGGGGGGUUGGUUCGUAUUACGUGUAUGCCCGCUGUCCUUGCACGGGUAUGUGCGGGGCAUUGGCCGCGCUCUGCGGUCGUUUUUACUUGACCACCUGACGAUACUGUGACCGUCGAAUGUUCUACCUAAAUGCAUUGCGUCCUCGGUCGACGUCAUGACUGUUCGUGCUGGCGUAUGGCCCAGUGCUUGGAGUGACCAGGCAUCUUCCGGCGUGCACAGUAUUGCCACCGCAAUGCCGCUGAAACGUUUUAUGGCCUGCUAUUGUUACGCUUAGCGGGUCUGGGUAUGAAUAUGGUUUGAAUAGUCCUCCUACGAAAACAUUACAAUGCCACCCAUCUCGGUGGCACAUGUAAGAGAUUGUCGGUAAGGUACCUUAAGUGCGGAUUGGAGCGUUGCAUGCGGGGAAUACAAG